CUGUAGUCUCGCCUCUCUCAGCGGCUCUGGCACUGCAGUCUCACGACAGACGUGAACGUUUUCCGGCAGAUCCUGUGGCUGAGAGCAGCUGAUGUUCACUGAUGCAGGAUCCAUCAAGAUCUUCUGUCUGACGGUGUUGUCUGCUCUUCUGAUGGUGUCAGUGUUGCGCUGGUCUGGAUUGCGGAUGUUCUCGAUGGCGUCUCAAACAUAUUCUUCCGGCACACAUUCAGCAGCGUUCGUCACCUGCCCCAACGACACCGUGGCCAAACAGCUCGCCAGGUACGAGUGGCAGGGAAAGAUCGAGGAGGACAAUGAAGUUCUGCUGAUGAUCAAGACAAGAAGUUCAAAGAUUCCUGACCUCGCUGAAUAUGUCCGCUCCAAUCAUCCCUAUGAAGUGGCCGAGGUCAUCAGUUUGCCCAUUGAUCAGGGAAAUCCUCCGUAUCUGAAGUGGAUUGGUGACGUCGUGCCGGAGUGACUCCACUCUCCAGGGUUUUUUCCUCAAUGCUAAUGUUUACUUUGCUGCAGAAGAAUAUCAGGACAAGGUUAUGUUCUGGAUGAGCAGAUUGUUAUAAUUUACACUGCAUUAAAGCGUCACACUCAGCAGAA